AUGAAGUGGAUGGUUUGCCUGUUGGUUCUGCCCGAGAUUCCACUGCUGCUGGCUGUUAUGGAUUUUGCCAAUGCCCGUGCCGAAAUGAACAAGUUCAAGUAUUGCGAGGCGGAAUUCGAUUCGUGGUUCAGAUCGAGCGGUCGCGGAGGGGUCGAUGGAGCACGCAUCACCAUGAGCCACGCCUAUUAUGCGAGCAUGGGCGGGAUAGAACUGGUCUUGUCGUCAGAGUCACAAGCCGCGGCAGAGAUUGAAAGGCGUGCUGCAGAUGUUGAAUCAGGAUCUCGCGUGCAGCCUGCGACCACCCCACGCAUGCGCGUGCUUGAUAGCAAAAGACGUCUCGACCUCGGCGAAUACAUUGAUUUCCUCCGGAAUCUCGAAUCGGAUUCCCAUCGUGCCUCCUUCCUCCUGAGCGAGGCAGACAUACAGGGUUUUAGCAAAUCGGACUCCAUGACCAAACUGCUUGCCAUAACGCAAAUCUUUUACCUCGUGGCCACCUGCAUCGCCCGCAAUCGCUCUGGCCUGCCAAUCUCCCUGCUCGAGCUCGUAACCAUGGGCUACAUUGCGCAUUCCGCCAUGAUGUACUGCUUGUGGUGGCACAAGCCCUACGACGCCGAGCACGUCACCAGGGUCUACGCGACCGUGCCUGCCACUCCUGGAUCAGGCGGGGCCCGCAACCGCUUUCCAGAGCCCGACCCUCUUGACAGCGGCGGUGGGGAACAGCAGCAUGCGCUCGCAAACGAGACGUCUAGAAGCAAGGGCAUGCUGGCCACGGGAGGCAUCAGGCAUUUGUACCGCGAGCUUUCCACCCGUAGCAACGACGACCAUGUCACCAACACCGCCACGGCAAUCAGUUCUAUCAUCAUGGGGCUGGCCAACUAUAUUGCCCUAGUGGCAUGGUCUUGGGUCUUUGCUUCCCCCGUCGAGCAAUGGAUCUGGAGAGCAUCGUCCAUAACGGCUAACCUGGCGCUGUUCCUGUCUCUGUCAUCUUGGAUGCUGAAAGACGCUUCAUUGGGUAAUUCUUCUCGGAUUGCGGCACCUAUAUUUUCGGUUCUGUUAUGGGUACUGCCCCUUGUCUACAUUUCGGCAAGGCUUGCUUUGAUAGGCGUGUCAAUACGGUCAUUGUUUUGGAUGCCUGCCAACAUGUAUGACGUUGUUCCCUGGACCGCUUAUCUUCCUUCAUUUUCCUAGUUUCUUCCAAACUUUGUACCUUUCAAGUCUGUAGUCCCAAAUCCCACGAAUUCUCCAGUAUAAAGUUUUUUUGAGCUCGCACGAUUAUCCAACGGCCAUGGCAUGUUCAACGUCCGAGGAGGUUCCCGUGCGUUUCACUGCCAUUUCCCCACAUUCCUUCGUUUGCAACCACCGCCGCUUGUCUCUUCACGA